GUUUGACUUGUUAUAUGCCAAUUUGUAUAUUCACUUAAGUGAAUUAAAAUUUUGCAUCAUGUCUUCAGAGGUAGUUUUCGCGUUUCUCAUAAUAAUUAUAUCCUCAAAUUUAAUUGAACCAAGUUAUUCACAAACUACCUCUGAAGUAAUUUUGGAGGCUGGAGUCCUUGGACAAAUUCAAGGAAAGAUUAGCACAACAAUUGGCAAAAGUCCUCGACCUUAUGCACAAUUUUUUGGGAUACCAUACGCAAAGCAAACCAGAUUUAGGCCUUCAGAAUUGCUCCAAGAAUCACUUAACAACACGGGGUCACCGUUUAAUGCAACACAAUUUGGACCCGAAUGCCCACAACCCCAAACUACUGGAAGUGAGAAUUGCUUAUUCCUUAACAUAUUUUCUCCUCAAAUUGACCAGAAUACUGCUGUAAAAUAUCCCAUCCUCGUGUUCGUACACGGAGCAGGGUUCGUUUCGGGGAAUGCAAAUAUGUACGAUGGGGCUCGAUUACUAAAUAAAGACAUCGUUCUCAUUACGUUUAACUACAGACUUGGGGUGUUUGGAUCUUAUAACUUGGAAACGCCGACUGCCCCAGGAAAUGCAGCUCUUUACGACGUGUUAUCAGUUCUAAACUGGGUGAAAAUAUUUGCCCAAUAUUUCGGUGGAGAUCCUUCUCAAGUCACCCUUGCGGGUCAGAGUUCGGGUGCAGCCACGGUUUCGCAUAUGGUAAUGUCCCCCUUGUCCAAGGGUCUAUUUCACCGUGCUAUUGCUUCCAGCGGAAGUGCCAUCGACAUAUGGGCGACAUCUGCAAAUCCUCUGUCAGCUUCACUUCAAGUUGCUGUGUAUGCAGGCUGCUUGAACCCUGAAAAUACCUCUCCAAACAAGACUCAAGUGAUGACCUGCAUGUUAAACAAAACUUUGUCUGAAUUGAUCCUCGCCCAAAAUACAUUCCAGUUUCUGGACAUGAAAUCGGGAUCAAUAGGUUUUGGUGCGAUUACUCCGUCGGUACAAAGGUUUACCUUCCCUGAAAUCGAAACAAUUGUUCCGCAGCAUCCGAAAGCCGUUCUUGAGUCGGAAAAUCAAAACAAUGUGUCUCUAAUGAUGGGUACGACAAGGGACGAUGGGGGUUUCGCUCUGAGAUUAGUACGCGAAGGCUACAUCUUGGCAAAUAAUUUGGCAAAUGAUACCACUUUUAUGAAGGAUCGGCUAGUUCCAACAAUUUUUAAUGCUAUCGGAAUUUCGGACCCCGCAAAUACCAUUGCAAACACAUUCAAAGACAUUUACGUAGAAAAAGAAGCUGGACAAAGUGGAAAUUUUAGCCACAUGGUGCCAUCCUUAAUCGACAUGCUUGGAGUAUUGUUCUUCAAAUCCGCCUCAUACCAAAGUGUCCAACAACAUUCAAAGAUCACGAAAGACACUUAUUUUUAUAGCUUUGACUAUGAAGGGCAGUAUACUCGCCAUCCUGACAAUGCCGGAUUUCCUGGUGGGGUAGCCCACGCAGAUGACCUGCAGUAUCUAUUCCAACUACCUGGCGUUCUUAAUGAGGAGGAACAAGAAUUGAGUGAUAUCAUGGUUGAUUAUUGGACCAAUUUUGUUCAUACUGGAAAUCCCAGCAAAUACCCAAGUGAAAGUGCGAAUACAGUUCCGACCUGGCCAGAAUUUGGAACGUUGACCAAUGAGUAUCUUUUAAUAAGCAAUGCGGAGAUCAAGCAGUCGUCAAACUAUCCGGCCAGUUGGGUUAUUGCGAACAAAGAAGAAAUACGUGUUUGUCCAAAUCGGUCCGAUUCAAAUAUGUUCAACCCUGUACUCAUUAUUUUUCAAUUGCUACUGAUCUUUACCUAUGCACCAACCAUAAAAUAUUAAAUAAAGGCUAUUCAAAAGCUCA